AGGUUUGCAGAUGUCCUCAAUAUACUAUUGCCAUCAGUGUCGUAAUCAGGUCCCUCUGAGGAAUACUGACAUGAUAUGCGGUAUAUGCGGUGGUGAGUUUCUGGAGCAGUUGUCAACACCACCUCCUCGUCCGCAACCUCGAUUCGUACAUCAUCCUGCUGGCAGGGUACAUUAUCAUCAGCAUCUUCACCAUCAUCCCCCCACACAACAUGCACACAUUCAUUUACAACAGGGUCCCAGUCAGGCAACACCGGAGAAUUUUCUUUCAACAAUUAUGGGAAUGAUCAACAACAUGCAAGGUCCCGCACCUACUUCUUCAACACAAAAUGGUACCGAGGCAGAAAAUAAUGCUGCAUCUGAAAAUCCUCGUCCACAAGGCCCCCAAAGUGUCACGUUUUCUCUCGAUCAGGCCAUGCAGAUGCACCCAAUUCUGAGUCAGGUACUUGCAACACUGGGAAAUCCAAAUAUGCAAGUGCGCAUACAUAUCGGAGAUGACGCAGAUGGAACAAUGCAUGGGGCUUUCGGUGAUUACGUAUGGGGUGACAGCGGCAUGGAUCGUAUAGUUACCCAGCUUCUCAAUCAGAUGGACGGAAAUAUGAGACCAGUAGGAUUGAAUGAGCAGCAGAUCAACAGAAUUCCCAUAAUUAAGGUUACACAAGAGCAUGUUGAUAAAGGCACUCAAUGCACUACUUGCUUCGAAGAUUUCAAACUUGGUGAACUUGUAGCUGAACUACAGUGUCAUCACAUUUUCCAUUGCCCAUGCGUUGUGCCUUGGCUUCAGCAACGUCCAUCAUGUCCGAUAUGCAGACAAGAAGUCAUUGCAUCACAGUUUCCAGAUCCUGCCCCAGGAGCUCCCACUGUUUCGAGUUUGGAGGCAAAGCACGAUCUGAUCGAACCGGAAUUGGACUGAAACCACUGAAUUUAAAGCGUGAUUGGUACCAUGUCUUUUACUUUAUAUCUUGCACUCGUGUGAAAUUCUGGUCACUUGUUUUUUCAAAUUUCAGAAACAAGUGUUAAUAUAUCAAAAUUGGUAAUAUAUCUUGCGGCAGAACUCAGUUUUCUUCUCCCUUCUGUAUCCAAAGUGUUUUCAUUCUGUCGUACUUGGGUUAUGAUGGCGAAUGCGAUGUACAUACGAACUGUGUUGAGUGUAGUUGUUCAACUUGUGCCUAUUAUCAUAAAAAUGUUUUUUUUUCGAUAGAUGAAAAAACCGCUAGGGGUGAAAAUGAAUAAAUAAAUAUUUGAGCCUGUUAA